AUGAGCUCAGCGGGCCGCGCUGCGGGGAUCCCGCGCUCCACCAGGCUGUCAACCCCCCGUGCCUCAUCCAGAUCUGCUGAGUCCCGGUUCCCGAGUCAGGACGACUUCACUCCUCUCCCAUCAGUGAGUGAGCGCUUGACUCACCUUAGCCCCUCCCAUGAGCUCCUGGACUAUUACCGCAAGAAGGUUGCUGACUUCGAUGAGGAACAUGAGGAGUUGAUGAAAAGGCUGGAGAAAUACAAGCAAGCCUAUGAUGAGCAGCACCAGUUGCAGUGGGAAAUCCGCUACUUGGAAGAGGAGAUUGCAGAGCUGCAGAAGGCUUUGAGUGAUAUGCAGGUGUAUCUGUUCCAGGAGAAGGAGCAAGUGCUUCGUCUCUACUCAGAGAAUGACAGGCUGAAACUCAGGGAAAUGGAGGACAGAAAAAAAAUCCAACGACUCCUGGCUCUGCUGGGAAGAGAUGAAGGAGAAGUUACAUAUUUUCAUAAGCAGCCUCCACAUAAGGUUACUGUUCUGCAAAGGCCAGCAGAGACCCAGGAACAAGAUGAUAUUUCUAGCACAGUAGGUACAGAGAAGAGCACUCUAAAACCAUCAGCAAAUGGAGAGAAUCCAGAAAGUUCUGAGAGAUAUCAAAAAGGUGAUGAAACACUUCUACUACAGGUGAAGGCCCUGCAAGCUCAGAUAGAAGAGCAGACACGAUUAGCCAAGGAACAGGUUGAGGCACUCCUGGAGGACAGGCGGAUUCAGAUGGAGGAAGCUGAGGUCCGGCAUCAGAGGGACCAGCACAAGAUAAAAACUGUAACAGAAAAGCUCCAUAAGACCCAAAACCUCUUAUAUGAGAGUACCCGGGAUUUUCUACAGCUCAGGUUUAGUGCUAGAGCCAACGAGAAAGCAUGGAUGGCAGAGAAGGACAGUCUAUUGAGGAAACUUGGCAAAGACUUGGAUCAUCUUGUUUUCAGCACAGAGUCAGGAAAAAAGAAGCAGAGAGAGCUGAAGAAGAUGCUUCAAGAAAGUGAUGGAGAUUCAAAAGUCCACAGCAGAGAAAUAAAGUUACUGCAAGACAAGCUAGUGCAGGAAAAACACCUGUCACACAUGUACAGAGAGCAGUGUGUGUCCCUGGAAGGGGAGGUGGCUAGGAUCCGUGAGGAGAGAGAUGCUGGCAAAGAACUCUUUAAGGAGCGCUCAGGAAAGCUGGAGAAGCGCCUGAAACUGAUGACUCAGCGAUGUGAAGCCUUGGAAAAACGUCGUAGUUUGGAAGUAGAGGGCUUCAAGAAUGACAUUAAACAGCUUCAGCAGAAAAUGAGAGGUGUAGAGAAGCAUAUUUAUAAGGUGGCUUUGAAUUUGGGACCAGACCAGGACCUUGCAAUUCUACGUGAGGUCUGCCAAGGAAACAAACUAACACGUAAAAUUCAAGGAGAACUGAAAGACUUAAAAACAAAAAUCUACAGCUUAGAGGAUGAACUACGGCACUGCUGAAGCUGAAUAAUUAGCUGGCAUCCUAAUUUUAGGACUAGGACAAAGCUAGACUUGAAUAGUCAUUUGUAAGAACAGCUCCUGCUUGUUUGUUUCCUGGCAUCCAUUGACAGAAGGUUGAGGAAAUCUGCAGUUAAUGUCCUAAGUGUACAUGAGCCAUUCCUAGUGUACCAGAUUAUAUUGCUGUUUGAGCUGAGAGAUGGCACCUGAUAAAACUGACUUUAAAAGUACAUGAUGACUGAUACAUCA